AUGGGCUGGGGGAGGCGCGUGGCGCUGCUGGGCGCGCUGGCAGCCUGGGCGCAGCGGCGGCGCGCGGCGGCGGCGGGCGGGCAGCGGGAGCUGGACCUGAAGCUGGUGCAGGUGGUGUUCCGGCACGGGGCGCGCACCCCGCUGCGGCCCGUCCCGGGGGCGCCGCCGGUGGAGUGGCGCCCCGCUCUCCUAGAUAUCCCUGCUCAGACAAAGUUUGAUUACACGGUGACYGACCUCAGCGGAAACCCGCGACCUCCCUCGCCCUACGAUGAGCAAUACAAAAAGACGAUAUUUAAGGGUGGUGCAAUUGCAGGACAGCUGACCACAGUGGGGAUGCAGCAGAUGUUUGCCCUGGGGCAAAGGCUGAGGAGACACUACGUGGAAGAAACCAACUUCCUCUCACCCACAUUUAAGCCUGCCGAGGUCUUUGCUGGAACUUGGAUCUGUUGCCAUCAGUGCUGCAGUUUCAGACCAACUGAGGAGGUUAGCGUUCACCAGCUUCAGCAAAGACUUCCAGGACCUGUCGUCAUCGUCACCGACGAAGCAAGCUCCGAAUUCCUCUACCCCAAUUACCAGAACUGCCAGCGCCUGAAGUGCCUGAGCAGGGAGAAGUUGAAGAACUCUCAGCUACAACCAGGUAUCUCUGAUGACCUGAAAACAAUUAAGGAGCAGAUGGGUAUUGAUGGUGAUAAGUCCAUUGAUUUUUUUAAUCUCCUGGAUAACAUUCUCGCCGAGCAGGUGCACGAUUUGCCAAGCUGCCCGGUGCUGAAGAGCUUCUGGGAGACGGUUGAGCGUCGCUCUGUUGACUCGAUGCUGUUCAUCCUGGAGGAGGGCUCAAGAGAAGUCCUUCAGAUGAGUGUUGGUCUCCUUUUCUAUACCUUACAGAAGAACAUUACGGAAGCAACAGAUCCCUUAUCUCCAGCUGGAGAGGCCAGGAAGCUCAUUCUCUACGCUUCUCAUGACGUUACCCUCAUUCCUCUGCUGGUGGCCCUGGGCACCUUUGAUCACAAGUGGCCGCCUUACGCUGCGGACGUGACCCUGGAGCUGUAUCAGCACCAGCAGUCUAAGGAGUGGUUUGUUCGCCUGUCCUACCACGGGGAGGAACAAGUGGUGAAAGGAUGUAGAGCUGGUCUCUGUCCACUCGAAGAAUUCCUACAAGUUCUUUCACAAUACGCCGUCAGUCCAGAGGAGUACAAUAACCUGUGCUCCCAAGUGGAGCAGAAUCAGCCAAGUGACUCAUAAGUAGUUAUCUUAAAUWAAACUUAUUGUCACAACCUUUGA